AUGCCAUCCGUCAGUCUAGGUGCAACAAUCAUAAUAGUCACUGUAUCUCUGACUUUCCUCUCGGGCAUCUUUUUGGCCCUUCGUCUAUAUUGCAAGAUCGUUCGUCAUCGUCGAUUCUGGUGGGAUGAUUACUUUCUCAUUGCAGCCUGGGUAAGCUCUCCCAAUCUUUCUAUCCCGAGUUUCAGCAUGGUUUUGGUACAACUUAUCUCCUCAUCGUAUGACGAUAUAUGCCUCUUAAUUUCCGCUGGUCUUACCAUAUUCGAUGUCAGCCUCGGCUUUGGCAAGGACAUAUCAAAAGUUAAUCCCGCACACGUACCAACAAUCGCUCUUACUGGAACUGUUUACGGCCUGUUUGCUUGUUUAUCUGCAGCAUGGAGCAAAACGUCAUUUGCGCUGACUUUGCUACGGCUGGAGGACGGCUGGAAGUACUGGUUCCUGUGGUUUCUCAUUAUCACCAUGAAUAUCAUUAUGAACUUGGUGAUUGUUUUCUCUUUUGUCAAAUGCACGCCAGCAAGGAAGGUCUGGCACUCUAAGCUGCCCGGGACCUGUUGGAACCCGCUAGUUGCAACAUACUAUAAUGUUUUUGCUGGGGCUUAUUCAGGUUUGGUUGAUCUAGUCCUAUGUAUCCUUGCUUGGACGAUCAUUUGGAAGCUUUCGAUGCAGACACGGGAGAAGAUUGGCGUGGGUAUUGCUUUGACCUUUGGCAUCUUUGCAGCUGCAGCAGCUGGAGCGAAGUGCGUCGGGAUGCUUGGUCUCAGCAGCCAGAACCGCACUUUGGCUCGAGUCGGAAUCUUCAUCUGGUCCUCCGUUGAGGUCGCGGUCACCAUUAUGGCUGCCAGUAUUCCGAUAAUGCGUAUACUUGUCUUACGUGUCUGUCGCCGCAACAGACUUGAAGCUUCUAAUCGGCCCCUACGUCGUCUCCGCACGAUUAGUAGUCGAGAUAAAAGGCCUUCUCCUAAUGUUACCAUGCCAAGUGAUAAUAAUAAUACAGAAGCAGGACCUGUUUCAGCAAGGGAAGAAGGUCUCAGCAGUGUCACCUUGAUACACAGCAUAGACUCAAACAGGAGGAACGAUAUAGAUAUGUAUAGGAUUGAUACCACGCUAUCGUUGGUUUGA